AUGGAGGCUACUGAGAUCAUUUUGGGGAUUGUGAUGCUAUUACAGAUCAGCAUUGGGGUUUUAGUGAAUGUAUUCUUCCUCUUAUUUUAUAGCCACAUGGUCUCCAUCAGCCACAGGACCAGCUCCUCAGACCUGAUCCUUCUCCACCUAACUUUGGCUAAUACCCUAAUUCUUCUCACCAGUGGGAUCCCACAGACCAUGUCAGUUUGGGGACAGAGGAAAUUCCUGAAUAUUUUUAGUUGUAAAAUCCUCAUCUACCUUUAUCGAGUGGCCCGGGGCAUUGCUCUCUGCACCACCUGCCUCCUGAGUGUCUUCCAAGCCAUCAGCAUCAGUCCCAGCACCUCUUGGUGGGCAGGAGUCAAAGCCAAAUUACCCAAGUUCAUCCUUAUCUCUUGUCUUCUCUUCUGGCCCUUCAACAUGCUAAUCUAUGUCAGUAUACCAAUGUAUAUCACAGGACCCCAGAAUAGCAGCAGUGUUCGAAUCCCCCUGGAUCUCAAUUAUUGCUCAACAGUUAGUUCUGGUGUAUUUGGUGAUAUAGUUAUUGCAGUUGUGCUCUCACUCCGGGACCUGUUCUUCGUGGGAGUCAUGAGUGUGGCCAAUGGCUGCAUGGUGUUUGUCCUGCAUCAACACCACAGGCAUGUCCAGUACCUUCAUGGGUCCAGCCACUCCCCUAGGAAGAUGCCUGAGGUCAGAGCAGCCAAGAGAGUUAUUGUCCUUGUAAUGCUCUAUAUCCUUAUUUUUGUAAUGCACUCCAUAAUGUUGAGUAUUUUACUGAACAACAAAGAAAAUUAUCCCCUGUUAGUGAAUAGUCACAUGGUAUUGUCAUUCACUUUCUCAGCCAUUAGUCCAUUCCUAAUGAUUCACAGUGACCAGAGAAUGAGAAAAUUCUGGAAAAACAAAUCUGUUUCCAGCACAGAUCCCUCAUAG